AUGGAUGCCCAUAGCUACAGUAUGCUUGAGACAACCGAAGUUUCAAGUGCUCAGAUAAUAAAUACAUCUUGCCCAACUUUAGCUACAUUUCUGUAUAAACCUACCAAAUGUAAAAGCGUUUUUCUCAUUCAACUCAUUGGCCGAGCAGCUGGUUACGCUCUUCAAAAAUCAUUUACUAUUAAUGUAUGUCUAGCAAACCAGUUUACUUUUUUAGGAAGUAACAGUGUUUCACCAUCAAAACCCACCACACCAAUAGGUAGCAAUACACCACGAUCAACAUCACAAAUUAUUAUAACUGAUGAGAAUGUACGCAAGAAAUCCAGGAUAGAGUUAUUAUCUAUAUUACCGAAGGACACUGACACAAACAGUUCUAGAAAUGGUAUUGAUAAUGACUCCGGUGAUAAUAAACCAGUUAUUUCCGAGCAAAACGGUGGUAAAAAAGAAAACAGCGGCAAUGAGUUUUAUGAUAUCCUUAAAGAGAGACAGAAACGAAUUUCCUUACAAAUGAAUAAGCGAAUUAACUGA